AAAAACAGCAAUUCCAACAAUUAUCGUCCUCCACUAUGGCAAUUAAAUUAAUAAGUAAGUUAACAGCAAAACGGACGGCCGUGAUUAUUAAUAAAAAGCAAAGAGUUUACAUGCAACGCAUAUGUUAAAUUGCUUUGCGUUUUGCAGGUAAUUCCUUGCUGACAAUACAUCGAUGACAAUGCAAUGCAAAACUGAAAAUAAAAAAAGGGCAGGUAGCUUAUAUCUGUUACAUAUUUUUUUAGACAUGGAAAAUAAUGCAAAAAAAAUCUGUACACUGAAUUGACCCGCAUCCCAUCCGUGCAGCAUAGCACUUUUGGCUCGAAGGGAUCAACUGAAUACAUAUGAAUUGAGGGUGAUGCCAAAUGACGCGAUAGCAGCGUAGACUUCUGCGAACAUGAUUCCACGGCCAUCUUCCUAACAGAAAGGACGCCAAACCCCCAAAUCAUUACCAACGAAUAAUUUAAAGUGACUACCGACCAAAAGGACAGAAAGGAAACGAAGAAACAUAUAUGAUAGUGGAAAGCACAACACAAGGGAAAACGCUAGCUACCUACAAUCCUUUCCUGUUUGCGAAAGCAUCGGAAAUGGCAAUUGGCGGCAAACCUUUACAAACGACUCUCCUUAGAGACGGAAGGAUCUUAAUGAAAGUUAAAAGCAGUUCAGAAGCACAAAAACUACAUAGGAUCAACUUGAACCAUGGUGAAAGUCAAAUAAGUGUAAAAAUAUACGAACACGAAACCCUUAACUCAUCAAAAGGCAUAAUUAUAUGCGAUGCUUUUAAACACCUAUCACAAGCAGAGAUAUAAGAAGGUUUAAAGGACCAAAAGGUUACUGAAGUAACUAUAAUGAAGCGAAAAAAAUUUAACGGGGAAAUAGUAAACACCAGAACAGCGAUUGUGACCUUCAAAACAACAAACCCCCCUAGAGCUAUUGAUAUUGGUUACUACCGCGAAAGAGUCGAGCAAUAUAUCCCAAUGCCAAUGCGUUGUAUGAACUGCAUGAAAUUCGGACAUACAAAAAAGAGAUGCAACCGCGAAAAAAUAUGUGCUAAAUGUGGAGAAUCAUACCACGAGGAAUGCCAUAACACGGUCAAAUGCUCACAAUGUGGAGAAGAACACUCGGCCUUAGAUAAGAAAUGCCCUAUAUUCAUCGACGAAUAUGAAAUUAAAAAAAUUCAAACAAUUAACAGAAUCACAAUGCGAGAGGCAAGACAAAUUAGACGAGAAACCACACCAAUGAUACCAAGAAAAUAUACGAACAGACAAUACGCCAGUGUAACAAAAGACAACUCACAAAAUAACAACAAUACAAGAAACACAGAAAAAAAACAUAACAUAACACAAAGAACACAAACAAAACAGAAAGUAAUUACACUGAAUCCCUAACAUCAAUGGAUAAAAUGUAUUCCAGCGACACAGAAAUUACGAUAAGCGACCCAGAAAUUUUUCAUAGCCCAGAAGACAAAAGAUAUAAUCUGGAACUAUCCCCAUAAUAGAAAAAAAGAAAAAAAAACAACUUAUAUAAAAAAAGGAAACAAAAAAAACCAACCAAAAACCCACAUUAGAUAAAUUUCACACAAACAUAUCCUACUAGCAAGCCUUAAGGAAUUAAUUGAUUAAACUUAGUUUUUUCAAUCGUUAAUUAAUUUAUACAUCUUCUAUUAUUCACUUAUUUAUUUAUUUAUAUAGUUAUUUAAGUGCUAAAUUUUUUAAUUCACCUUAAUACACAAACACCACACAUACACCACACACACAAGCACAUAAAAAAAACAUCACAAUGAACAAAAUAAAAAUCAUUCAAACAAACAUUCAAAAUUUAAAGAAAAACAAGGAGGAAUUAAACCAUCUUUUACGAAACGAAGACUUCCAAAUAGCCUGCCUCCAAGAAACAUGGCUUAAAUCUGACCAAAAACUGAAAAUCCCAGGUUUUAACAUAAUCAGAAAUGAUAGAGAAGAUGGUUAUGGAGGAAGCUGUAUCAUCCUAAAAAAACAAAUAAAAUAUAUAAUUCAAAAAAUCGAAGACAUUACAGAAAACAUACAAACAACCACCAUAAAAUUGACAAAUAAAAACCUCACAAUUAUCAACAUCUAUAUAGCUUCUCAAGCAAACACAACACAAAUAAAAAACACACUUAACAAAAUAACACACCACACCAGAACACAACACAAAACAAUUAUCACAGGGGAUUUCAACUCCCACCACACAUAUUGGGUAGACGACAUAACAGACAGAAAAGGAGAAACGAUCAUAGAAGAAUUUCAAAACUCGAACUUCUUUGUAAUACCAAACGAUACAUACACACACACCAACAGACACAAACAAAAGACAAACCUCAAUAGAUUUAACCAUCACAACAAACGAUAUAUAUAAUCACAUAAAACGAAACAUAAGAAAGCAACACAUAGGAGGAAGCAGUCACAAAAUAAUAGAAAUAAUACUAGACAAAACCCAAACAAGACAAAACCGAACAGGCUACAACAAACAAAACAUAAUUGAGGAUAUACAAAAAAUAGAUAGCCAACAAAUCCAUACAAUAAAACAGCUUUCCAACAAAAUAAAAAAGAUAAUAGCAAAUAAUAAACAUAACUCCACUCAUAAACUCAAAUCCUGGUGGAACGACGAAACGAAAAACGCGCUAAAUAAUAGAAACAAAGCAAGGAAAACUUUUAACCAAAACAGAACCAUAGAAAACGCCAUAGAAGUAAGAAAACAAACAGCAAUUCUGAAACAAAAAAUUAAAAACAAAAGGAAACCAACUGGAAAACCACCAUAGAAGGAAUUAAUGGAAAAACUGACACCAAAGAGCUAUGGAAUCUAGUAGGAAAAAUUAAUAACAACCAUAACACAAACAACAACAACAAAGAAUCAAACAUAAUUCAUAAUGAAAUAAGCAAGGCCAAAGAAUUUCUGAAACUAAAUUUCAUAGACAACAAAAACGCAAGAAUCACUAUCAACAUCAACCUAGAAUCACAAAACCACACAGAACUGAUUAACGAAAACCUAUGGGAACACAUCCUAUCAAAAAAAAAACAAAACACAGCCCCAGGACCAGAUAACAUCACCUACAACAUGCUUAAAAACAUAAACUCGAAAACACUAGAAAAAAUCCUCAUAGAAGGAAACGAGAUGUGGUACAAGGGUAUCAUUAAAAAACAUCUAAAACACUUAAAGAUCAUAGCCAUAUGUAAACCUAACAAAGACAACAACACCAUAGAAAACUACCGCCAAAAAUCCUUAAUACCUACAUACACAAAAAUCUUGAAUUCUGCGGUAAUCCUGAAAAUGAACAAAUUCAUAGAAAACAACAAUAUACUCCCGGAUUUAUCUUUUGGUUUUAGAAACAAAAGAACCAUUAACCAAGCAAUCAACUACAUAACUAAUCGAAUAUACCACAACAACAGAAUGAGCACCAAAACAGGAAUAAUAUUCAUAGACCUAGAAAAAGCCUACAAUAACGUAAAAACAAAAAUAUUACUAGAAAAAAUGAUAACAACACAAAUACCUCAACAAAUAACCAAAUGGAUAAAAGCCUUUCUGACAAAUAGAACAAUAGAAAUAGAAUCUGACAAUAGAAAAAUAACAAAACUAGUAACAGACGGAUUACCACAAGGAGAUGUAAUGUCUCCUACACUUUUCAAUUUCUACACAAAAGACCUCCACAAAAAAAUUCACAACAAUAACACAACACUAAUACAAUACGCCGAUGACUUCGCUAUCCUAGGAAACGGAAAAACACAACAAGAACUAGAAAUAAACCUACAAACUGCCUUAAAUUUAUUCACAGAAGAAAUCACAGAAGAAACGUAAACAAGAUCAUUCUAAUCAUAGGAAAUAACCCGAUUGAAGAAGUUACAAAAUAUAAAUACCUAGGAACUAUCAUAGACAGAAAAUUAACAUUCAAACACCACAUAGAACACCUGAAAAACAAAGCAAACAUUAGACUAAACCUAAUCAAAAUAUUAUGCCACAAAAAAAAAACAACAUAUACCCACACAAAGCAUUAACCAUAUACAGAGCUAACAAAAGAAACAUACUAGAAUUGGGAACAUCUUUCACAAAUAACAGUAACAAAAGAAACCAAAACUCUUUAACCACAAUUAUAAACCAAGCCUUAAGGAAAGCAACAGGUUGCACAAAAACCACACCACUAAAUACACUACACGCCCUGGCAUCGGAGGUACCGUUCAAAAUAAGGAACUAUUUUACUACAAGAAAAGAACUCACAAAAGACAUAGUUUUCUCUAGACCAAUAAGAAAUCAAUUAAUGAAACAUUAUAAAACUAACUACAAAAAAAGAAAAAAAUCAUAUCAGGAAACUUUGUUCGAAAAAGACUUAAGAAUAUACAAAAAUCUAUGGUUAGCCAGACACAACAACAUUAAAGUAAAAAUACCAAUAGAUACAUCCCUAACCAAUGAAAUACCAAAAAAAACUAAUACAAACAAAGAAAUUAUGAAACAAAUAACAAUAGAAAAAAUCAAACAAUGGGACCAAAAUAGACCCACCAUAUACACAGAUGGAAGCAUAAUUAACGACAAAGCCGGUAUAGGAAUUUAUAUUAAAUCAAAAAAUACUCACUCAUACUACGAAUACAAUAUAAAGAAUUACGCAUCCAUAACAACAACUGAAAUCAUAGCUUUACACGAAACCCUGAAAAAGGCAGACGAAAUGAAUUUACACCAACCUAUCAUAUUCACAGACAGCCUCACCGCAUGCAAAAUAAUAGAGAAAGCUCAAUCACAAUUAUUCAUUGAAGAAAUCAUAUACGAAAUAAUAAGACUAGGUAUAAAAACAAAAUUGAACAUUACAUGGAUACCGUCACACAUUGUAAAAGGGGAAACGAUAUUACAGACGAUCUCGCGAAAAGAGGCACAAUAUCCCAAAAUCAAAUAGGAAACAAAUACAGACACAUAGAUAUUAUUAAAAUAUUCGAACAGGAAAUGAAAGAUCAAACAUGCGCAUGGUACAGGACAAGCAUAACCACCAGAGGAAAAUUUUUUGCAGAAUUUCAAAAAGAAUUCAAAUUUGAAACUUGGUACAAACACACUAACCUAACAGCCAAGGAAACAAACAUAGCAAACAGAAUCAUCUCAGGACAUGAUUUUUCAGAACAUUGGCUACACAUAAUGAAAAUAGUCGAAAAUGGAACCUGCGACACCUGCAAUGUACCCAACACUGGUUGGCACAAGAUCUUCAUAUGCCCGAAUUUCAAUAGAACUAAUGACAUAACCAAAGAAAACCUAAUUAAAAAUUGGCAAGCACCCUCCGGAAACACUAUAAAAAAAAAUCGAACACCUGAAAAAAUACAAAAUAGAAAUAUAAGAAAAAAAAAUAACACAAUCCGGAAAAACAAUAACAUAGAUACUCGCGCGCUAUAUCAAUACGCAAAAAUAGGACACAUAGGUGCUCCUUCCCAAGCGAACGAUUUCGUUGCUUUUUGGAACGUUUUUUGACUAAGAUUUGACCGUCCAAACACGGUCAAAAAACAUUAAAAAUAGCAGACGGAUUUGACCAUUUGCUCUUCACAGGCUCUCACUCUCUUUUCCUUUGCAAAAAAAUGGUCAAAAAACGGUUACUUUAUUGACUGUAUUUGCAUGGGAGACGAACAGGCAUAUACAAGCAAAAAAAAGUAUAUAUGGUGUUUUCUUGUUUGGCUUGGUUUUGCUUUGUCGCCAACGUGUUUUUUUGGUGGUAUUUAUUUCAUGUUCGCUCUUGUUCCUUCACACGUGUAUGUUUUUGUCGCUUUCUUCUAUGUGUAGGAUGGACGAUUGCACCAGAGGAUUGUGCGAAUUAGUUUGCGCGGGUUUUGAUCCAGGCGAGUGCAGACGCUUUUUUUUACAGGAGCUGUAGUAAAUAGGUAAGUAAGAACGGGAAUAGAACUUGGUUAUGAUCGGAUUUACCUUGUUUGUUUGAUGUGUUUACGAUUUGAACCACCGAGGCUGUGUCGUAUGUGAUUGUUAUGAGAUAGGUUUUGUUCUAAGCUAUGCAUGUUGAGAAUUAUACCGUAUGUGUACCGUGUCUGUGAAAAGACGAUACAAUUUAAUGGAAAAAGCUUGCCAACUAUGCAUACCGUUUUGACAAUUUGUUUGUAGGAACCGAUAAUGCAAAUUAUUUUGCAUUAACAAAUAAGCGUUUCUUUGUUUGAUGUUUUAAAAGUAAUCGGGAAUCAUGUCUUAAGAAAAAAAUUAGCAAUUAUAUUCAGUUACGCUCUAUUUAUUUUUUUAUUUUGCAUUGUCCUGUAUCAUUGGGACAUGUUUAAACGUGCACGCACAGCACAACUUGCUGCAAUUCGCGCGACAUGCCUCCAGAACGGAAAGUAGAGUAAACAUUUACAGCGUUUAACUUGUUAAAUAUUUACUUUCUUACAAAAGCAGGCUCAGUUUUAGUAAAGUUAUCUCUUAAUUUGUAAUUUGAUAUGCAUGUAUAUAUAAAAAAUACGGUUGUUAUGGCUUAUGUAUAUAUUCAACAGCAAAAGUUCCUCUUCUCAUCUCAUUCCUCUUUUAAACACUCAAUCCACCCAACCGCAUGGAAAUUUCCAUAGAGUUCUUCUCGCUUUCCUCGGUUCCACUUACUCCUUCAUAACAUCCGAUCUGCAAAUAUCCUUACCCUGACCUCACGCAUGUAGGAAGACCGGAUGCAAGGAAGAACAAAAGAUUACCCUGGCCGAUCGUAACAAAUUCGCGAGUAUUGGGUUGUGUACGCAUCGGUCAGGGUGCAUAACUACUCAUGCUGACUCUCCUUCGCAUUGCGGACUCCUUCGCACUGCUUAAAAAUUUCGCUAUUCCAAAAAGGAUAUAAAAAGGGGUUGCAACCCUAAUUAACGAGAGUUGUCUUAAAACCUUCGUACACAAGAGUUGUUGUAACCAUCGGAAAGUUCAGUUGCUAACCUAAGCUAUCAGUUACGCGUCACACAAGCAAAUAAAGUGUUAUAGUGAAAACCAAUUCAGAUUGCUUCAAUCAUUGUGCAAACUUUGCAAAGGAUUCGAAAUGGAAACGACAAAUAAGGAGGACAUGUGGUGUGAGGACACCUACGAAGAAGUUGGUACAAACCAACUUCCAACCAUUCAGUUUCCAAAUAUUCCAAACCUCCAAAUAAUCAAAAUAAUAGGGGAACCACAGCUCAAUUCCACGAACAAUAAUAAUAACCUUGCAGUCGACAUGCAACCAUGUAAUUCUUCUUGUCAUGCCAACACCGAGAAAUGCGCGGAUCGAGCAAUCCAACCAGAUGAAAUUUGCGGCAAUGAACAAACUAACAAAAGAGCAAAAUUGUCUUCAGAAGCAGAGAUUGCGGAGCUUAGAGCCAAAGUGGAUCGGUUAGAGAAAGAAAAUAAGUAUUUAAAGGAUCUUAUAGACAACAAACUUGAUAUACUUAUUAGAAAUUCAGCCCGGCAUCGAGAAGCCGUAGAGGAGUUAGUCGCUGUAAGUUGUCCUAGGCAAGGUCUACUUUCUAGGGACGAAUUUGAGCUAACCAAGCUUAAUACAAAAGAAGAAUUAGAUACCUUUGAGCAAUCGAUUAGCACUGACCCAUCAUUUAAAGAAAAUGUAGUUAGGUAUUUGCAGAGGCAAAUAACAGUCGCAGAUGUAGACAGUCGAUUACAUGAAGCGCUUGAUUUACUUUUUAAUCGACCAUUUUUUGCCACAAUCAGUUGGACUGGAAAAAGUAAGCCAGGAUCAACGAAGAUAGAGUUCAGGAAGUGUGAAGGCAUACUUCUUCUGUUAAAAGAAAUAGGAAGUAAUGCGAGAGUUUUAGCAACUCCCAAAUACGUUGCAGAUUUUAUAAAAAUUCGUCUUAAGCACGCUCCGUCUCGAGCUAACCUUUCUCCUACCAAACACACUUCUCUUCAUAAAAAAAGAAAUUAAUUCAUUAAUCA